AAACCAACAAAAGCCAGGUCCUCACUGAGUUUGGCUGUGUAUCAAAGGCAGCUGAGGGUCUGUGGAUGCUGCCUGCAACUCAGCUGAAGGGAGAGCUUGCUCCCAACCAUAUGAGUGACUUCAAUGACCAACUCCUUCCAGGAGGAAAGAUCUGGAACCAGCCCCACUAGGAACACGACUCAGCUGUACCAGCUCUAGACAGAACUGUGUCGAGCCAAGUCUGGGGUCCCUGGAUGUAUCACCACAUGAAAAAGAAAUGGGGACAUUCUUUCCUGCAAAGUCUCAGGGAAUCAGGGACAGAGAUGUCCUGGGGAGCACAGCAGCCUCUGACCUGUCCAGGCAUCCUGUCCAACCAGCCACAAGGACAGAGACAGGCCCUGCCCACUCCUUGGUGGACCCAUCUGCUCUGUUAAGGAGCCCUGUGGAGCAGUGGCGGCCCCAGAAUCCAGCCUGACCUGAAGAGGCCCUACCCAGAGCCCAUGGCAGGUGAAUGCGACAGGGCCCCACACUUCCUCUCCCCAAUUAAAGAGCAGGCCCUGGGGCCUUCCCUAGGCAGUGCAGUUGCUCUGAAUUGCACAGCUUGGGUGGCCUCUGGACCCCACUGCCUCCCACCUUCAGUCCAGUGGCUAAAAGAUGGGCUUCCGCUGGGCAACAUAAGCCACUACCAUGAGGACUCCUGGGUCAAGACCAGAUUAUCAGAGGUGCUUGUGUCCAGUGUCCUGUGCAUCAAUGUGACCAAAGCUGAGGACUAUGGGACCUUCACCUGCUCUGUCCACAAUGUCAACUCCUUCUCCUUCAUUCUUCAGAGAGCUGGCCUGGCGGGCCACGUGGCUGCAGUGUUGGCCGCCCUCCUGGUCCUACUGGUCCUGCUGCUGGCAGGGCUACUGUAUGUGAAGUGUCGCCUCAACGUGCUGCUCUGGUAUCACGACACGCAUGGGGAGGUGGAAAUGAAUGACGGGAAGCUCUACGACGCCUUCGUCUCCUACAGUGACUACCCGGACGACCGCAAGUUCGUGAAUUUCAUCCUGCAGCCGCAGCUAGAGCGGCGUCAAGGUUACAAGCUCCUCCUGGAUGACCGCGACCUUCUGCCCCGCGCAGAGCCCUCUGCAGACCUGCUAGUGAACCUGAGCCGCUGCCGGCGCCUCAUCGUGGUGCUGUCGGACUCCUUCCUAGGACGGGCCUGGUGCAGCCACAGCUUCCGGGAGGGCUUGUGCAGGCUGCUGGAGCUGACGCGCAGGCCCAUCUUCAUCACCUUCGAGGGCCCGCGGCGCGAUCCUGCGCACCCUGCGCUGCGCCUACUGCGCCAGCACCGCCACCUGGUCACCCUGCUACUCUGGAGGCCGGGUUCCGCGAUGCCGUCCUCGGAUUUUUGGAAAGAGCUGCAGCUUGCACUGCCGCGGAAGGUGCAGUACAGGCCGGCUGAAGGGGACCCUCAGACCCAUCUUCAGGAUGACAACGACCCCAUGCUGAUCAUGCGAGGUCGUGCCGCUGAGGGCUGGGCUCUGGAGCGGGAGCUGGACCCCGACCCUGAGGGAGACCUGGGUGUACGAGGGCCUGUCUUUGGGAAGCCACCAGUUCCACCGCAUGCAAGUGGGGUCUCAAUGGGAGAGGGCCGUGGCAUCGAGAUGGACAACUCCGACCUUGGCUCUGGAAACUACAGUGUUCGCACAGAUUUCUACUGCCUGGUGUCUGAGGAGGAUGUGUAGCCCUUACUCCAGCCUGGGAGCCAGGAGCAGGCAGGUUCCUGCCAUGCAGUAUGAUUAAAACCUGCCUGUAGCCCAGAGCUUCUAAGGGAAGGAGUGUGAGCCCAAGGUUCCAGAAAAUAAAGUCCUUUGGCUUUUA